AGACUUGCUAUUCGAGAAAUUGCACUUCGUACGUUAAAACCUCUCACCAUUUUGGUACCUGUUGGUUCAUCCAUGCCUGAAGCUUUGCACUGAUUUUAAAUUCGAAACGAUGAAACGAAAGCAGUUUUGACGAACGAGAGCGAGCAUAGAAUAGACAAUACGACAAAACGAGAAUUCAAAUGCGCAUAAUAGCUCAUGGUUUUGUGACGAACGCGCCGAGAAAAGAUUAAGGAGAAGUGAUUUUCAUACUGUCCAUUCCACUCACACAUCGAUUCCUCCUUAGUAGUACAAUUUACAGCAAAACAAGAUGAAGAAAUAUGAUCCAGCUUCCAAUAAACGAGGAGUUUAUAAUGUGAAGUGGCUUUAAAAAAUGAAGAAAUUUCUUCGUUUCGUUCUUGUUAUCGUCAUGCUUUCUGUGUCGAUACAAUUCGGUUAUACUCAAAACGCCGAGAAAAAUGGUACAUCUCUUGACAGAAGUGGAUUGAUAGGAGCAGUACCAACAGAGAAUGAUCUACAAUGGAAAACGACAAUUGCUUGUGAAGAUCAAAAACUUUUCAUAGAAUGCCCAAAUAUAUACAACCGGAUACAGAUACACUCUUGUUUCUUUGGACGCGAGGACGCGGUCGUGUGCAAGCAUCCGCAGCAUCCGAGCGAAAAAAAUUGCGCCGAACAAAACGUCACGGUGAAAGCUGUCGUCCUCGACCUUUGCCAAGGAGAGGCGAAAUGUGAAGUGACGGCGAGCAACGAUUUUCUCGCACAGUACGGCACUGUCAUCUGCCCAGAUGUUUACAAAUAUCUACAAGUUGAUUACAGAUGUGUUCCCAGAACUGCACUCAAUGAUGUACCUGGAUUAACAACAUACAACCAAGUGACGACAAUAACAAACGUUAUUACAACUCACUACGCCCCGUCGACUAUCGUUACCGGUGUACACAAUCGUGUCGGAGAAACCAUGGUCAGCCAUCAAGGAAUACAGACCGUAGAAGAAAGAAUUGUACCACAGACCAUCGAAGUUCAAAAAACCUACAGCGUACCUAAAAUACAGCUUCAAAACCGGAUAGUAGAACUUCAAAGUCACGUGGGAGGCUCAAAGCCCGCGAAAAUCGUAUUUGCCCCAUUGCUUUUGCCUGGAGCAACAAAGUCGCAGCUCAAGGGAACGACAGGAAACGAGAAUGAGGUAACGUAUCAUGUGAACAUGACUGGAUCACCGGAAAUAAGAAGCAACAUUCGGAAAGAGAACACGAAGAGCAAAGUUGGCAAGUCCAGAUCGCUCUUAAGGUCAAAAAACAUAUUAAAGAAAACACUGCUCGCAAAACAAAACUCUUUCAUAAAAGACAGAUACGGUAAUUUUACACGGAGCGAGUAUGAUCUACUUUCGUGAAUCCUACGCCGGGAGGAGGUUGCACGAAGUCCUAAAGGCGCUUUUCAAUGGAUAGCAAAUUUUUUUGAACGCUUUUAAAAUUCUUUAAAAGGGGAACAAGUACGAUUUUUUCUUAGCAAUCAUUAAAGUAAAGUAUUGCUUCUAAGAUUACACAUUUUCUUUAUCGCAAAGAAAAUAUAAACACAUUUUUGCAAGUUUGAGAAUUCUACUGUCCAAUGGAUAACACCAUCCAGGCUUCGUGCAAUCGGCCACAUUAUUCUAAAAGCUCGCCCUGACACUCACCGAGUGCGACACAGAAAUCGUGUUCCCACUAUUAUCAAUAGCAAACUUAUCUCUCCUUUAAUGGAAAGAUUUUUUGCUUAAAUAUUUCAAAAUCAAGCAACAAUUGAAAUACCGUUUUUGAAUAGUUACAUAUGUCGAGAAGUCCCACUCAACCCUAGAUAGCGUUAUCUAUUGGAUGGUAAAAUUCUCACACUGGUAAGAGGUGUUUAUAUUUUCCUUAGGACAAACAACUAUUUUGCAAUCUUGUAAAAGCAGCAUUUCAUUUCAGUGAUUGCUCAGUUCAAAUGCUAUACUUUUCCCUUUUCAAAUGAUUUUUCAAAUGUUCAAAAAAAAUUUGGCUAUUCAGUGGAUAGCGAUCAUUUAUGCUGUUUCUUCAUGAUCAACAAACACUUAGUCAAGUGUAGUCAACGACUGCGGGAAUCGCGCUUAAUUUUUUAUUUUUGCAAGUUUUGGUAAUUUGUACACAAGAAUAGCGGCUAUGUAAUAACUAUGAACAUAUCUUGAGCGAUAACCAAAGUCAAUGAAAUAGAGAAGAUACGUGAAAUCCGGUUUGAAUUGAAAAAAAAAAACUCAUACCCGAAAUAAAUUAAUGCAAUAAAGUAAA